GUUUUGAUAUACAAAAAGGGGGUAUACGUGUUUUGGGUUUAGUUAGCUUUGAACUAAAAUUCAUCAUCAAAUCGAAUGAAAUCCACAGCGAAUACAAUCCAACUAUCUUCAUGCGAAUACGUGGAGUAUUGGCCAUGUAUCUGAUGUUCCUCCGCCUGCUACUCCACUGCACCACCGGUCACACAUUGGUUAGGCCUCAGCGACACUGCCCCCAGCACAAGCGAAUGAUCGAUCCCCGUGAGCUCUUAAACGAUUUUGCUGCAAUCAAGGAACCAGGAACCAGCGAAGUUGCUCCAAAGAAUUCUGGUAGAUCAGUUACUUUCUACGAAGCUGGAGGAGCGAUGCCAGGAUCAGGAGGAACGGCACCGGGACCUGGAACAGAUCGUUCCAAGUCGGCCUCCAAAGAGCAAUGCGAUCCGCAGGCAAAGUGCAAUGUAAAGACGAUCAUAACCCCCGGAGAUCCCAAGCAGAAAUCCUCAAUGAUCGCCAUGAAAGCUGCACAGGAUGCGAAGGCGGCCAGUGAAGCACAAUCGGCCGCUGGCCAGGCUGCUGCCCAGCACAUUAAGAUGGAACUCGCUGAGAAGGCCUUUCAAUCGGCCAAGGCGGCCGAGGCUGCUCUGAUGGGCAAGCAGAUGAUGGUCGAUCAACUGGAGCAGGAGGUCCAGGAAGCCAGUGCCGUGGUCGAGGAGGAGUCCAAUUCGAUCCAUCACACGGAGGCCAAUAUGAAUGCCGCCGUGGAAGCUGUCAAAGUGGCCGUGCAGCAAUUCGAAACCAUCAAUGAGCUGCAGAAGACCGCCAGGGAGUCACUGACCAAUAUCCAGACGGUGGCCAUGGGAUCGCAGCAGGAAAUGGCCGCCAAGACACAGCUCCUGGAAGCCGCUCGCAACCGGAUGGCCAUGCUCCAGAAGCAAUUGGUGAGUGCCCACGACGACUAUGAGAAGACCAAGCAGGCCGCCUACAAGGCUGCCUGUGCCGCCGUGGAAGCCAAACAGAGGGCUGGACCACCUAUACCACGUUACUAUAUUUUUUAAAUAAAUACACCUUGAGGUAGCUUUUAUGUGCAAUUGAUCCAACUAAGGACAAUGAAAAUGUAUUUCUAUUAAACUUUAGAAACAUUCAAACUUUAUUUAUUAUUAUAAA